AUGCGCCGUUCCUCUAACCUCUUUAGUCAUUCACGAACAAAACAUACCCCUUCCCGACGCGCCGUUGCUAAGGUAGAUCGCAAAGAGGCAAGCAAACUGAUCACCAUCGGCGCAGUCGCUGAGAAUCAUAAUCGGCUAGCUCUUGCUUCUGAUACCGAGAUCACUGAUCCUUCCACAGGACAUGAAGUAACGGAUCAUGCUCCAGAUCUUAGUAAGGAUUCAAACAAGCUGCUUGGACGCACCGGCCAUUCACAGAAACGGCAAUGUUGUCGCGGAGCUAUCGGUGCUAGUGGCGACACCUUAAGUUCACUGAUGCCUUCAGCAGCGACUUCAGACCCUUCACAACAUCGUUCUCGGCGCUCUACAUUAUCCUAUAGCCGUGAACAAAAGCAUGUGGGUAGGCGCAUUGAAAGCAGCUCCUGCUCAGAUUCUAGCAGAUGCAGUAGUGAUGGCGGCAACAGUGAUGAGGGUAGUGAUAAUAGUCGUAAAAGCCGACAAUCACUUUUUUCCCCAGAAUUUUCCCCCCCGAAGCUCACAAAAGCCAAAACCUCAGUCACUAGUGAUGGGGAAGGGAUCAGAAUCAAGGAGCGUUUUACUCGUGCCCGACGCCUGCCACCAGGCUUUUCAAUAUCCAUGAAACGGGUCGCUGAACUAGACAGCCACGCGGUCAAGUUGCAGGUUGUGCAAAAGAAGAGAGCAUAUGCUGACUCUAAGGAGGCGGUGAACAAUUGCCAGUAUAAUGAGAGCGAAUGGGAGGCAGAUGUGGAUUGUGAUGAGAGCAAGGAUGCGGAAAAUGAUGAGGAUGAUGAGGAUGAUGAGGAUGAUGAGGAUGAUGGGGAGGAUGAGGAUGAUGAGGAAUUGGGCGGGACUGAUGGUACAAUUGACUUUAGGUCAGGGCUUUUAAAACCUCCAAGAGGUCGGCUUCGUGACCGGUCGACAAUUGGCUUGUUAGCUCUCACUGGAGGUUGCACUCCUCAAGCUCAAGCGCUCGCCAAGCUUAAGCUGCAGCGCAGCCAAAUGCAACAACAUCAACAGCAACAACCCUCUCUGAUGGGGAAACUACCGUCUUUAUCUUCCGAUGCCACUUUUUCCGCUGAUAUCCCAUUACAAGUCACAGCAGGUUGUGAGCUGAAGAAACACAUCACAAAUUCUCAACCUUCUGUCCCCCGGCGAUUGACUGGUGAUUCGGAUGAGUCGUCAGCCACGCAAACUAUCAUCGAUAACAAAAUCACAACCAGUAUCAGUACAUCGAAGUUCAGUACGGUGACGAGCACAUACUCUUCCCUUUCUUCUUCUUCUUCCAUUCAACCUCCACUUUCUCGAACCUCCGGCUUACCCCUGGCUAUACCACAGCACCCAAGCUUUCCUGUUCUACAAACUGCAAAUCUGGUGCGCUCAGGUUGUGGUGACUUGGCCGAAAUGGCUUCGGGGAUGAACAGAGAAAGGACGACUGAUAUUGAGACCGGUGGAGUGGUCGGUUCUGAUGGACAUCAUAUCCUCCAGGAUGAAGUGCACAUUACACGGCGCUCGUCCUCAGCCUUCGGCACGAUGCGUAGGUCACUUUACCUAGUGAUCAUCUGA